UUUGGAAAGAGAAUUGUCUCGUUAGGCUGGUGAAUUUUUAUCACCUGGUGAUUUCUUCUUCUUUUUUUUUUUUUUUUUUUUUUUUUUUUGUUUUUCUUCUGUGGAUACAACUCAGGGCUCACGCUUGGACUGCACCAAAAAGAUGUUGGUUGUUGCGCUUCACGGUAUAUUCUGCAACGUGCUUGCUGCAUUUCAGUCAAAUAUACAUACGAAACGAAACUUAGCGGCCCCCAAGGAAACAACGUAUCCUUUCGAAACUUCUCUAGGUAGCGACGUUAAUCCUACGAAAACUUUCUUGAAAGCUCGCCAACGUUGAUCGAUGAAGGCCUGGUUCACGGACGGUUUCAAAACCCUAAUUCUAACUCGAGAAUUUGAAUUCCUUUCGACAGACAGACUUCGAAUUCGUCGCUCAAGAGCCGUUUCCAAGGAACCCCACGUGCGAAAUCCUCUGAUUAAAACCCUCUGCACACGUCAGAUGGCUUCUCGAUUUUAGUAGAGAACACGCGGCAUCCCAAUUUGCCUGGCGAGACGGGAAACCGUGUCGCACCAGACUUCAGAAUUUGAGUAAAACGACAAAAAGUACGUGAAAAGGCCCCCUCAAAANAAAAAAAGAAAGAAAGAAAACACGUCCAAGAGGACUUGCAAUUUGACUAAGAGCACGUCGCAAUUUGAUUGGAAAGACGAAAGAGGUGGGGAGAGGAAAGGAUUGAAGAGAAAGAGGAACGUUGGCAAGUCCUGGAUGAUGUAGUCGAGAGCGUCAGGACGACGAGGUAACAAAGAAAGAAAGAAAAAUAGGAGAGAGGGUGGUGGAGGAAAGGGAGACAAAAAAAAGAGGAAGAAGAAGAAGGAGAAGGAUGGAGGCGAAAGAGGAGACAUCCGAGUCGUGGGGGAUCACCGAGGGCUGAGAAAGAGUGGGACGAACGCGAGAGCAAGAGAGGAUGCACAAGCACACGAGCCAACUACGCGGUCCCAGCGGCCCCGGAAGCGGACACCAUGUUGCUAAUAGAGGUCCUGUCAGAAGGUGGAACAGCUUCCACGGCGGUGGGAGCAUCGGCGGCGGCGCGAGUAAUUUCAACGACACCGUUGGAAAUGGCAAUCUGCCCCCCGGUGUGAUCAGCAAGGCGUCGCAGGAGCCGUUCAGGGCCGUGCCGAAGGCUGUCCAGGCUCUGAGGAGCGAGUCCGUCGACAGGAGCCAUCGGGUACAACCACCGCCGCCCCCGGCUUUCCCCCGUAGACGAUUCUCCGUGUGCUUUGGGAAGCGGACGGGUGGCAGCGCCAGGAGACCCAACGAGUGCUUCGUUCUCGAGCCUUCCGAGAUGAUUGUCGAUGCGGGCGUUAAUUGCGUAACUGGCCGUGCAUGGUUCAUCCUUCGAUACUACCAGGCGUCAACGACGAUAGACGCAUUUUUUCAAGAAGCUUAUCGACACUGAUGAAUCGACGUCGGGCGCCGAGUCGUCACGUCACCGUCUGGCUUCAAUCCCCCGGAAUUGUUCAACUCGUAAAUAUCGCGCCGAUGAGACGGGAAACGUUCCGAGAUUCGUUCGUACGAAACUCGUGGCAUAAGUUUCAUGGAGUUUCAUCAAUUUCCUCCUUCCUCUCAACGGUUCACU